AUGGAGGUUCGGAAAUGUUUGAAAUCUCCUGAAACAUUGGAUGAUGUCGUGAAAGGUCUUCAUGUUCUUUUUGAGGACGACCAUGUGAAUGUUGAAGAGGUUAUUUCGUUUUUAUCAUCGUAUCGUUCAAACCCCGCGGAUUGGGCCAAGUACGCAAAUUAUGAUCCUCACAGGUGGGGCGAUGACAUUAUGUUGAUCAUUUGUGUGUUUAUUUAAUCUUAAUCGAAAUCUAUAAUCCAAAAGUGUUUUGAUGGUGUGAUUAAAAAAUUCUUCAGGUACACAAGGAACUUGGUAGACGAAGGAAAUGGCAAAUUUAACUUGAUCGUGUUGUGCUGGGGAGAAGGUCAAGGCAGGUUAGUCCAAUUACGAUUUACCUGCCAAAUGUAAGCUCAUCUUUUUUCAAGAAUCUUUGCCUUCGUUAAAAUGAUAGAAAUAUCAAAAACCGAGUGACCAAAUUGUUUAGGAAGUUGUGCGAUACACACUUAUUUGAGCUAUAAUUAUGUAAUAUGCAAAUUGCUACAAAUUAAUGACGCAACCGCGGAAUUCGAAGUUCCCGCUAAUUAGAACAGUUUGCCUCGGAAACUUUGCGCUUACGGAGAUAUUAUAAGCUUAAGUAUUUCACUUUUUAUUAGUUUAUCGUUUAGACAUUAGAUCCAAGUUUAUGGCCAAACCACAACAAUCUCUUGAUCACUAAUGAUUUUUCUUGUGCACAAGUGAACUGGGAAGUAAUAUUGUUUUGUUGAAGAGUCCUGUCCACUCAAGGGAGUCAGUAACGUAACCAGCAUUAAAGUCAAACCGGGAAAACCAUGAGCACCAGAAAUAAUUCUGGAAAGUCAUUUUGUUGCAAGAAAAAACCAAUCAGUGGUGAGAAAACUAAACCACAAGCAAGAAGUAAUUAAUGCAUGGUUUUGUUGCAAGCUCAUGUGUCCUUAUCUUUUUGUCCAGGCAACAAGUCAUCUUUUAACUAAAAUCAUUAGCUAAGACAAGCGAACAAUGGCCCUAGGCAAGCAAACUGUGAGGGCUGCUUGUCCAAAGAAAAUGUUGGAAUUAAUUUUUUUUUUAAGCCCUUGCAUUUCAAAAGUAAUGUCUUAGGAAACUACCCAAAUUAUUGGACAGUUUUCCAAAAUGGAAGGGUAACCACUUUUAUCGGAUUAAUUAACGGACCAUCAUACAGGUUUUAGUCACCCAAAAAUAUGUUUCCUUUUUUGUACAGCUCCAUUCAUGAUCAUUCUGAUGCUCACUGCUUUCUAAAAGUACUUGAUGGAAGACUUAAGGAAACUCAGUUUGCUUGGCCUUCAGAAUCUGAGCCGGAAAAACCUCUGGAACCAAUUGCAACAAGGUUUCAGGAGACAAAUGAAGUUGCAUACAUUAAUGGUAUGAUAAAUUGUCAUUUGUGCAUAAAACAACAGCAAGCUGACAAAAAUGUUAAAUCCCAUUCACACAUCAUAUCACUUGUAACAAAAAAAGAUAAAAAUGUCUAAACUUUAUACCGUAAAUUCUCGAAUUAGUGCCCUCCUUCAAAAAGGCGAGGCUAACAAUUUUAAUAAGCUCCCCUUCAAAUAUGCACCCCCAACCCUCCCCUAAGAGAGAUAAAAUUACUGAAUGCAUUAUUCAAUUUAGAAGGAACUCAAUAUCUUGAACUUAAGAGGACAGGUUGUCAGAGGAAACAGGAUUAUUAUUGUAACCCUACUCCUCAGAUUACAAAAUGAAUGCCUCCUUUGGAUUAGUGCCCCUCUCUUGACUCAGAAAAUUAAAGAUGUGCCUAGGCACUAACAUUAGUGUUUAUGACUGUAAUAAUCAAAAUAACAAUUAUUAAUAGUUUUAUUCUUGUAGAUGUACCGGUAUGCAAAUUAAUUAUUGGGACACUUCUGCUUAUUUUUUGCUGACAGACAGCAUAGGUCUUCAUCGUGUGGAGAAUGUUAGUCAUACAAACACAGCUGCGACCCUUCAUGUUUAUAUCCCAGCUUUUGACAUGUGUCAGUCUUUUGACCAGCGCACAGGUCACAAACGCAAAUGUCAAGUGACUUUCUGGAGCAAGUAUGGUGUCAGAACACCUUAUGUAAGUUUCCCUAAGUUAGAUCUUGACUCUGGUCAGUUCUAA